CCUCCCGGAGGGCGGGGCUUUUCGUUGGCUGCGGCGGCUCGCCAGCUGAACCAUAGCAGUGGUUUCCGGCUGGAAUUCUUCAGCUGUAAGACUGCUGCAAAUAUAUAUCAAGAUAUUUUUCCAGUUUUGCUUCCAUGAUCCUUGAAUCCCUGGAGCAUGAAGGUCAAAGUGAUUUCAAUUUUGGAAGAUAAUUACAUGUACCUGAUCAUCGAAGAAACCACUCGUGAGGCCGUUGCAGUGGACGCUGCUGUUUCCAAGCGGCUCCUAGAGAUCAUCCGAAGAGAAGACAUUAUUCUAAAAGCCAUCCUGACUACCCAUCACCAUUGGGAUCACGCGAGAGACAAUGAAGAACUAGCCAAACUUUAUCCUGGCCUGGAGGUCUAUGGUGGGGACGAACGGGUGGGAGCUCUGACGCACCGAGUGACUCACGAGCAGGAAUUAAAGGUAAGCAUGGAAUGGAUCACACCCUUUGCGGUACCCCAGGAUGGCUUAGUGGAGUGGUGCGGUGGCCUAGAGGGGGGGGCGCUCUCACCUCCCAGUCAGGAGGCUGCGACAAUUGAUCGGCAUUUAGAGUGCAGUUGA